AUGACCUCCCCUGCUAUCCUCGCGCGCAUGGCCGCGCAAGUACACAUCACCGCCAUGCCCAGACCAAAGAAUAUAGCCGAAAGCAAACUGGUGCUGGGCGCACUUCAGAAAUUCGGAGAAGUAAUAACAUACCGCAACCUCAAGUACGACACAAGCAAUACCUCCCCAAUCCAUAACCGGCCCAUCCUGGCCAUCUUCGAGACCGCCGACGCAGCAAACCGCGCAAUAGCAUCUUCGCCCAUAACCAUUGCCCUCCCUACAAACCCAAUCUCAACCGCCAAUUCCUCCAAAUCCGACUCCUCAAAAGCCCCCGAGCCGCGCUCAAUCACAUUUGAAGUUCAAUCCUCGCGCCAUAAUCACGCUUCCGCCCUCAAGCGCAGCCCCUUCUACUCUACCUACAAUCUCUCCAAAAAGAACAAUGCCAUUUACGACGAUCUGAUGAGUGAUGAAACGGGAAUUCCGCUGAAGGAACUGGCCGAUACACUCGCGAGUAAAAAAUAUCAUAUUGGGCCCGGCGUUAAGGAUAAUAUUCAAGCGGACAAUCGGCGCAUGGGGGCGGCGAGUUUGAUGAAUAUGUGGAAGGAGGGGAUGGGCAUGGAGAUUGAGGGGCAAGAGAACCCAUUUGAUAAUGGGAAUGGAGGCGUGAAUAUUCAGGAGCCUGGAGACAGGACAGAGAAGAAGCAGAAGGGAGUGGUUUGA